AUGUCAUUUACAAAUCGUCCAACAAUACCAGCAAGAACUAUUGUAGAAUCUAUUCGAAGUGGAAGAUUAAAUCAAGUUUCAGAACCAUUAUUAGGACAAAAUACAAUUACACAAGAAUAUCUUACUAUUCUUAUUCACACAAUGGCAAAAGAUCCAACACGUUUACAAACGUAUUUAGAUCGACUUGAUUUUACAAGUAAUAAUUUAGAUAUUGAAAAAACAAUUUUUGAAUUAAUUGAAGCAGGAAUGUCAGAAAAUGCAAAGAAAUUUGCAGAGAAAAGAUCACCAGGAAGUUAUAUAAAAAUAUUAUUAAGAAGUGCUAUAAGUUCAUCACCAUAUAAAGCAUUAGAAAUAUAUGGAAAUAUUAUAAGUUAUAUUGAUCAUCAACAAUAUAUAAAUAAAGUAGAAUUAAUAAAAGUAUUUGGCAAAGUAAUUGUUGAUUCACUUUUAGAUUAUAAAGAGAAAGAAGAAGCAAUAAAAGAUAUAAAAAGAAUAACAAAUAUAUUAAUAAAUUUGUUUUUAGAUAAACCAAGUAAUGCAGCACGAUUAGAUCCAGGAGAAUUUCUCAUGUAUGGAAAAUUGUCAAAGUGA